CUCCCUUUCACCUAAUGACCUAAACCCAAACCCUCCACAAUUUUUAUCAUCUAUAUAACCACACGAAACUCCAUCCAUGGCGGCGAGCGAGCUCACAAGUCCACAGAGACACACCUCACCAGCUUGAUCAAGAGCUAGCCAAGCCAAAUGGAGCUCCUGCCAUGGCUUCUCGGCUUCGUGGUCAAGUACCCGGAGAUCAUGGCGUCCGCCGCUUGCUUCUUGCUGCUCUUCUGCAGGUUUAGGAGGAGGAGCAAGCGGAUUCCGACGAACUGGCCGGUGGUCGGCGCGCUCCCGGCGAUCGUGGCGAACGCCGGGCGCGUCCACGACUGGGUGACGGAGUUCCUUCGCGCGGCGGCGAUGUCGCACGUCGUCGAGGGACCGUGGGGCUCGCCGGGGGACGUGCUCAUCACCGCCGACCCGGCGAACGUGGCGCACAUGUUCACGGCGAACUUCGGCAACUACCCCAAGGGGGAGGAGUUCGCCGCCAUGUUCGACGUGCUCGGCGGCGGCAUCUUCAACGCCGACGGCGAGUCGUGGUCGUUCCAGCGGCGGAAGGCGCACGCGCUGCUGUCGGACGCGCGGUUCCGCGCCGCCGUGGCGGCGAGCACGUCGCGGAAGCUCGGCGGCGGGCUCGUGCCGCUGCUCGACGGGGUCGCCGCGUCGGGCGCCGCCGUGGACCUGCAGGACGUGUUCAUGCGCCUCACGUUCGACCUCACGGCGAUGUUCGUGUUCGGCGUCGACCCCGGCUGCCUCGCCGCCGACUUCCCCACCGUCCCCUUCGCCGCGGCCAUGGACGACGCCGAGGAGGUGCUCUUCUACCGCCACGUUGCGCCCGUGCCAUGGCUAAGGCUCCAGAGCUACCUCAAGAUCGGGCACUACAAGAAGAUGGCCAAGGCUCGGGAGGUGCUCGACGCGUCCAUCGCCGAGCUCAUCGCUCUCCGGCGAGAGCGCAAGGCGGCCGACGCCAACGCCACCGGCGACGCCGACCUGCUCACGGCGUACCUGGCAUGCCAGGACGAGAUCGGCAUGGACGGCGCCGCGUUUGACGCGUUCCUGCGCGACACGACGCUGAACCUCAUGGUCGCCGGCCGCGACACGACGAGCUCGGCCCUGACAUGGUUCUUCUGGCUGCUCUCCAACCACCCCGGCGUCGAGGCCAGGAUCCUCGCCGAGCUCCGCGCGCACCCGCCGUCACCCACCGGCGCCGAGCUGAAGCGGCUGGUCUACCUGCACGCGGCGCUGUCGGAGUCGCUCCGGCUGUACCCGCCGGUGCCGUUCGAGCACAAGGCGGCGGCGAGGCCGGACACGCUGCCGAGCGGCGCCGCCGUGGGGCCGACGCGGCGGGUGAUCGUGUCGCUCUACUCCAUGGGGAGGAUGGAGGCGGUGUGGGGGAAGGGCUGCGAGGAGUUCAGGCCGGAGCGGUGGCUGACGCCGGCGGGGAGGUUCCGGCACGAGCGCUCGUGCAAGUUCGCCGCGUUCAACGUCGGCCCGCGCACGUGCCUCGGCCGCGACCUCGCGUUCGCGCAGAUGAAGGCCGUCGUCGCCGCCGUCGUGCCGCGGUUCCGUGUCGCCGCCGCCGCGGCGCCGCCGCGGCCCAAGCUGUCCAUCAUCCUCCACAUGAGGGAUGGACUGAAGGUGAAGGUGCACAGGAGACAAGAGGAUUGAACCAACUUCCUUUGGACACUUUGGAACGAACCAUACAGUUCGAGGUUUCGUAUUGAUAUAGCAGAAAAACAUUGUUUGGUUUCAUAUUGAUAUAGCAGAAAAAAUAUUGUUUAGAUAUGGGUGCUCUGCAAUCUACAAGAGCUAUUAGGGCAUACAUGCACUGAUGAUACUGUGCUCCAUUGAUUAAUUAAUUCGUGUAUGCUAAUUAAUACAGGUGGUGAUCGAUGGUACAUUACGUUAUAUAUAGGGGAAUAAGAGACAUUAGUCACAGUGAUUAUAAAUUUACAUGGUUAGUUGAGCGAGUGGUCUGUGAUCUGAUGUGAUGUACAUAAAUUCUAUUUUAAAUUUAAAGGAAUUUUACACAUGAA